AUGAUCCCUUCUUCUAUUUAUAACUUCUCCUUUCUAACUGUUUUUUCUGUCCCUUAUAACCAACUUCAUGGUAGUCUGCCACCGGGCUUUGGUUCCAUGUUCCCUCAUCCUCAAAUCCUCCAGCUAUAUGGUAACCAAUUUACUGGACCUCUUCCACUUUUAAUAUCCAAUUCUUUAGAACUAGUAAGUUUUGAUGUGGGAGAAAACAACUUCAAUGGGAAAAUAACAAAUGAUUUUGGAAGCCUACAGAAUCUCAGGAAGAUAACUAUAUCAGAUAACCAUUUCAGAAACGGGGAACCUGAUGAACUAGCCUUUCUUGGUUCCUUGGCCAAUUGUAGCAAUUUGGAAAAGUUGCGUAUGCAGGGAAAUCAAUUCAGAGGGGUAUUACCAGAUUCUGUGGGCAAUUUAUCAAACCAUCUCUUUUAUUUAACGCAUUCGGAAAACCAAAUAUAUGGAACUAUUCCUUCAACAAUAGGUAAUCUUGUCAACUUGGCUUUGUUAAAUAUGUACAACAACCAAUUCACUGGCAAAAUUCCCCCUAGCAUUGGCUUUCUUCAGAAGUUGCAAAGGUUGAGUUUGGAUAAUAACAAGCUCUCGGGAAAAAUUCCAAAUUCCAUUGGAAACUUGUCAUUGUUGACUAAACUUUACUUGGCGGGCAACAGAAUUGAGGGGACCAUACCCUCAAGUCUUGGUACCUGCCGAAAUUUGUUGUCGCUACAUUUAUUUCAAAAUAACCUGAGUGGCACCAUUCCUGGAGAACUCUUGAGAAUCUCAACUUUAUCAAUUUCAUUAAAUCUAGCUCAGAACCGUUUGUUUGGUUCCUUGCCUGCUGAUGUUGGAAGCCUCAAAAAUUUGAUGGAAUUGGAUAUUUCUGAGAAUGGGUUGUCUGGUGAAAUUCCUAGCAGUCUUGGUAGUUAUACUAGCCUUGAAAACCUAUCCUUGCAGGAAAAUUUCUUCCAAGGAUCUAUUCCUCUUGCAUCGGAAACUUUGAGAGGGAUUGCAAACUUUGAUCUUUCUCAUAACUUGUCUGGCAAAAUUCCAACAUUCUUAGAAAAAUUUGCCCUACAAAAACUCAAUUUAUCAUUCAAUGAUUUCGAGGGUGAGGUACCAAUGAAAGGAGUUUUCACAAAUGCGAGUGCAGUAUCAAUUGUUGGAAAUUAUAGACUUUGUGGUGGUAUUUCUGAAUUACAACUACCCAACUGCAUCACCCAAAAAUCAAAGCAUAAGAUGCCUCUUUCACAUAUAUUACCAAUUACAGUAGCUUUUGUACUUGUAAGAGGAACCCUAGUAUGGUUUCUCUUCUGCGAAUCUGAUUGGUUUGGUAGUUUUGGCUUUGUAUAUCAAGGGAUUGUUAAUCAAGAUGGGGAGUUUGUCGCUGCUGUCAAAGUACUUAACCUUCAAAACCGUGGAGCUGUAAAGAGUUUCAUUGCAGAGUGUGAAACUUUGAGAAAUAUUCGACACCGAAACCUGGUCAAGAUCAUAACUUCUUGUUCUAGUGUUGAUUGUCAAGAAAAUGACUUUAAAGCCCUAGUUUAUGAGUUCAUGCCUAAUGGGAGUCUAGAGGGAUGGCUGCAUUCAAGUCCAAAAACUAAUAAUGGGCAAAAUGAGCACCGGAGACUCAACCUUCUAGAAAGAAUAAACAUUGCCAUAGAUGUGGCUUGUGCACUUGAUUAUGUUCAUCACCAAUGCCAUACACCGAUCAUUCAUUGUGAUUUGAAGCCGAGCAAUAUCCUUCUUGAUCAUGACAUGGUUGCCCAUGUUGGAUAUUUUGGCCUAGCUAGAUUUUGCCCAGAGCUUACCAUUCUUAAACAAAGUAGUUCAAUUGGAAUAAGGGGAUCCAUUGGAUAUGUACCUCUAGGUAACAAAUUCUCUUUAACCUUCUUGUACUUUGACAUAUGCCUAUUCUAGGAUGAAAAUUUAAAGUUUCAAACAAAAUAUAAGUUAGCUAUCAUUGAAGGAAUGUUAAAUGGGUACUGA